AUGGCUCGUCCAUUUCAAGUUCCCUACGAACCGGAGUAUGAGACGCUUACAUCUCCCAGCACAAAUACUCCAGUGGCACCACAAGCCCGCGGCGAAACUCCAAUUUCGUUCAAAACGAAUGUUAACCGCGCAAAGACCAAGCGUUGGGUGGAGGCGAAGAAAUAUUCGUACGACGGGAAUGACUGGGGUGACGAUGAGUACGAGGAAUACGACGAUGAGCCGCUACCGAUGCCCCAGCCGGCAAACUUCAGCCAGAGCACCAACGACCUGUCUAGAAUAGCUCCUCGGGAUCCGUCGAGGCCCCCGCUACCCAGCAUGGACCGAUCACGUUCAAUGGAUCAGGUGGCAACGCUCGGUGUAGGACCUGCUGAAAGUCGCAGUCGGUCGGCAGACCGCAAUGCUGUCGAGGGCACUGCGGGCAGUGCUCCCUCGAACAAGCCUCUGCCUUUCGUGCGCCCUGCCGACAUCUACAAACGCAUGCAAGAGAGACGCCAGCAGUCGCCAGACACCCCUCGGAAUGACAGUCCCUCCGGUCUGGGCCGUUCCCAUCCAGAGCCUGUCUCUACGUCUCAGCUGCCUGCCACCGCGGACCACGAACUUCAACUGGGGCCGGGAUCCAAUGCGUCGAAGGAUGGCUGUCACGGCAAGGUCGACGACUCAAGUGCCACUCCAAGAACCGCGCCUGGUGCCGCAAGCCUUGAGCUUCCCGAUUUUAAGCGACUUUCUGGCUUCGACGCUGACUUUUUGGCUUCCGAUUCGAGCGUGCAGAAAGAGCAGAGCUCCGACCCUCAACAAACCCAUCAGCUGCAGCACAACCCGUCGCUGGGGUUCCGUUCAGUUGUACACCAAGCAUUCGACGUUCCCGACACUCCAAGCACCACUGUCGACAGCGUUGCACGAUCCAAUAGUGACAGCACGUCGGUCAUCAGUCCCAUCAUUGGUGCUCGCGGUCCGAACGAAGAAAAGACGCCAACAAUCGUGGAGGAGCCCGGUGAAAUCUCAACACCGAAAGACACCAACGACCAGGCCAUGUUAUUUAAGCCUGGUCAUCGUCGAGAUCUUAGCCUUCCCAGCCCAGGUAACAGCCCUUCGAGGAAACCGAUUAUCAAUAACAGCGCCGAGGCAACUCCUCCGUCUGUGCUGGCAGAGAUGUCGUCGGAGACGCCUUCAGACUCCCCUCGAGACAGCUCCUCUUCGUUCCACCAGCCACUGCCACAUAGAGCCUCUGUGCUACUGCCUCAGACUGGUUCCGACAGGGAUCUACCAGCGCCCCUCAACUUUGGCGCAAACCCGCCUGCCGAUUCCCCCAUCAAAAGCCAUGAAGAGAUUCCAGUUAUCAUCCCUUCGAACAGCGCAGAAACUUCGCCUCAGGACACCGAGAGUGAUCGGUUGAGAAAGGAGAUAAUUCGCUCCUUGAGCCGAGAAACCACGCCUUCAGCGGAAACAGAGCAGCAAAAUCCUAUCAGACCACAGACUGCUCGACAAGACACAGAGAUCAGUCAACAAGACAGUCUGAUCCCCAGUGAAUACGAAAGAUAUUGGAGCGAGCAAGUCGAAUCAAGCCCUCAGGAUUUAAAGCCGCCAGCCCCUGUCUACGGUGCUUCUCAGAAUGUUCCGCAGCAGGAUCUGUACUCCACUUCGCCUAUGAGCGAUCCGGCACCAGCUGCUCCUGCUCAGCCUACUUCAGAACCUAAGUUGAAACGACGGUUCUCGUGGGAAUCGUCAUCCUCGGAGGAGGUACCUCCCGUGGAAUUUCAGGCGGCCUCGCCGUCGGCUAUCCCAAUUCCAGGACAAUUCCCUUUGGCAAACGAUACGACCGAGCUAGCGCCAGAGACUGUCCCCAACGAGACGGAGAUGGCAACAAAUAGAGACCUCCAGCAGACGCCUGAGAAGCCUAAACUCACCCUAGUGACUCCUGCUGCCAUGGAAAAUAGCAGCGACUCGAAUGAAAGCUACCUGCCCGAAGUUAUCAAUCGUCAAAGUAUGGAGCAGCGAUCCCCCUUGCCUGAGCCCAAGAUGCCGCCCACGGUUGAGCCGACGUUAUUGGGCUUCCGUGACAUUAUGGGUAUUCAAUCUUCCGAUGAGCGAGUGCGAGCUUUUGACCGGACACGCGACCAGUUCACGACAAUCGAUACUGGUUUGAAGAAUUGGUUACAGGUGGUGAUUCGUGCCCAUCCGGAGCACAUGGAUGUUGUUGAGCAGAGCAUGAAGGCUCCCUCUGUCGAGCCUAAAGCGGUCGUAUCCAAGGGGAAAUUCCCGAAGCUGUCGUCUCUUGGGCACUUCACCUCGUCGAACCAAGAUGGCCCUCCGCCUGGAUCGGGCCACGUACGACGUCCAUCUGCCCCGCUUGGUUCGAUAAUGAACAAACAACAGGUCGAGCAACGCGGAAAGGACCUGUUACAUACGGCGGGAGCCCUGGGCGGCCGAGCAGGCGAGGCCGCCAAGGGUUUCUUCGCCAAGGGCAGAAAUAAGCUGAAAAGAGGAGAGACAGACAAGGGAUUCCACCGGGUGCGCGGUUAUCGCAGAGAAAUCCAGCUUUCAGACUUUCAAUCUGCCAUAGACCAAAAUGAGGCUGAGACGAUGACUCUCAAGCGGAAUGCUGUGCAGUUUGCGAGUUUACCCAUCAUCAGAAGGGCUGGAGACCUGGUCGAGUCGACGCAACUGCGCUGGGAUGUAGAGCCACAGCAGGCAGCGGCAAGUGAGAGUAGACGACGAAGUGCUGAUGAUAUCAAUAUAGCAUUUUUACAUCGCCAAAUGAAUACCCAGGGACGUAUACUUAGAAAGCCAUUGCCCAGUGAGAUGAUGGUAAGCUCGCAUUCCACGGCGCUGUCGAGCUCUUCUGCCUUACAGGCUCCGUUACCCAGCAUUUUGAGAAGAAAAACAGUGUCGACGAUGACAAAGAUAGAUCGAAAGCCUCUAAAAGGCGACGAUAAGCGCCGAUUCCCUGUCAAUGCAACCGUAGCGACAUACUAUUGUGUGGAUUCGAACUGUGGAAAAGAGGCUGGCCUUGCACAAGCAACCGCCAAGCCACAGGAACGAGGUGAAUUGUUGACGGCUCCAUACCAGAAUGCUACAUUUUAUUCUGGGCUCAGCGACAAGAUCACCAAUAAAAAUGCGAUCAACGAUGGAAAGGUAAGUCCUUGUGAUGCAGAAGACGCAGAAGCACCGCCACCUGCGGGCGCUCAUCUUCUAGGCCGUGUUUGGCGGGGCUUAGAGCCAUCCCCGGUCGACCUUGCAACUAGUACAAGGCUCUCUGUUCCACCUCCUCUUCAUUGCAUAAGCACUCCCCCCAUCUCCUCGCUGGGCACAUUGGAGGCGUAUUCGGGCCUGCAGCCAUCAUCCGGGCUGGGACUGGCACGGCCGUCCCAAUCUCCAAGUGCAAGAGCAGAGAUUAGUCUUAAUCUUAUUGGCGUCGGUCAACCCGAAAAUCUUAAUCCCAGCAACAUGCUGGGUCCCGCGAAUCAGAUGCCUGUUCCUAGUGUUGCUGGCACGGCUACCACUCCGAGUCCUGGCCUCAGCCGUUGGUAUGCUGGGAGGAGCCGCUUGAGCAGCGAUGAGGCUGAAAUUUUCACUCACUCCAGAGGCGUCAGCCAUUCGUCUGAGACCCCUGGUUUUCCUUAUGAAUCCGGCUCUGUCGCUGGCUCAAGCAGCCCGCGGACGGGUUCAAACGCACAGGUCUCGCAGGAUGACCUCUUUGACGCUGAUCUGGCUGCAAGAGGAUCGCCUCAACGGAACCAAGCAUCUCCCCAGAGCAAACCGCCCACGGAGAUGUUUAGGUUGUUCAGACGGAAUCGGGGUCCCUCGUUCUCUGAUGAGCCUUCGCCCAAAACUGACCGGUCGCGUCGCGGCGCUUUUGAUAGGCUGGGUGCAUGGUUCGGUCGUUCUCAACAGCAACAGCAAAAUAAGACUCAGGCGCAUGGACGUGCUCCCGAGUCGUCUGUUGCGCAGACAAUGGAAUGGCUUCGUCCGGUGUCCUCGCAUCCAGCACCGGGACAUACACGCUUCUACUCAGACGACCAGACUGGUCGUGGUCGGCGCCGAUCAAACGUGGAGAGUCAGACUUCGUUCGAGGGACAACAUCCACCGCCAGAGGGAUACUUUGCGCCCGAAUCCUUCUCUCGCUUCAGGCGCUCGCCCCGGGCCUCCAAGAGCAGUCAGCAGUUAGCAGCGGCAGCAUCAGCUUCUCUAUCUCAGCAACCUGACAGCCGGCUCGCUCCCCCAGAUAGACUGCCUUCACCUGCAGGCUCCUUUUCAUAUAGCGGCAGAGUCUCCCCCCAAUCACCACCACCUCCUGCUCCCCCUCCACACCUCCAACUCUAUUACCAACAACAACCGAUGACACUACCACCAAGCCCUCAUCAUUCCCAACUCUCUCCACAACUCUCUCCACCCCCACAUCUCACCUCUCCCAUCCCCCAAGCUAUCCCCCGCACGCCACCCUCCCGCGGCCGCAGCGUCGACCGCGCCUACGCCCAAGACCUCCACCUCCGCUCCCGCAGCCCCAAGACCUUCCCCCCACGGCCCGAAGAACGCAGCUACCCAAGCACCGACACCUCCGACCCAGCCAACAACCUAGGAACCUUCCGCAGCAACCCACGCACCAGCCGCAUCGGCGACCAGGAACUCCCCUGGAAACUCACGCUGCCAAGCGACUCGGACGAGGAGCACGCCGCCGGCGCGACCGCGACCGAGGGGGAGAGAAGUUGGCUGGAGAGUACCACGCAGCGGCUCCUGCAGUCGUCGCGGCUGCCGACCUACGAGGAGGACUCGGAGGUACACGGGCAGCCGCAGCAGCCUGUUGUUCCGGAUGAGAAGGCUGCGACGGACCAGAGCGGGGACCAGAAUCGUGAGCAAGUGCAAGGGCAAGACCAAGCGCAAGCGCAGAGCCAGCACCAUCCGCACCGCGGCGAGGCGAGGGCAGUCAAUGCCGACGAUGCACCGGUGGAACUGCCAGUGCAGUGGGAUGACGACUCGGGCGAGGAGAUCACCAUGUCGAGUACGGCGUACCCGGGGCAGGAAUGGAGACCGUUGGGGUUCUCCGGGUGGGAAUACUAG